AUGGCCCCUGGCGGCCGUGGCGGCGGUGGCGGAGGAGGCGGCGGCGGCGGCGGCGGCGGUGGUGGAGGUAGCGGAGGAGGUGGUGCUGGUCGCGGUGCGGCCACGCAGCGUGGAGGCCUUGGUGGCAGCCAGCGUCAGCAGCAGCUGCGCACCCGUGAGACCCCGUCUGUUCAGCAGCUUCGUGAGUGGUACGCUGGGCGUGGGAGGUCUGGGGGUGCAGGUCCCUGCGCGUACGUUCUUCGCACCGGCACUCGUAGUGGGGAGGUGUGUGGUCUCCCACACACCACGCAGCGCUGCUUUGGCCGCUUGACUGACGCUUGGCGUACCCACUUUCCUGACACUGUUGAUCUUCCUCGUUGGCAUGAUCUGCUUCUGCAGAAUGUGCCUAUCUUUGACCUAGACUUUGAUGCUAUCCUUGCUGCUAUGUAUGCUCUUGCUGAUAUUACUGAGGGUGACUGUUACCUGCGUGUCCCGCCCGACCCGGGCACUGUGGCUGCUGCUCUAGGUGCUAGUGUGUCUGCUGCUCCAGGUGCUAGUGCGGCUGCUGCUCUAGGUGCUAGUGCGUCUGCUGCUCCAGGUGCUGGUACGUCUCCUCCCUCUGGUACUGCACCUACUGAGUCCAUUCACACUUUCACACUUGACUCUGGUGCUUCGCGCUCUUUCUUUAGAGACAGCACCACGCUCACGCCGCUCAGUCGGCUUGUUGCGGUCUCCCUUGCUGACCCCUCAGGGGGCCCAGUACUUGCACACUCCUCCACUGUCCUACCGUGUCCUGCGGCCCCGUCGGGCUUGCUGUCGGGACUCCACCUCCCCUCGUUCUCUACGAACCUGGUGAGUGGAGCUGACCUCCAGGACGCGUGGGUUGACCAGUUCACCCCUGGAGGUCUAGUCCUGCGCCUGCCCCCUGCUCGUGUCGUCCUUUGGCACACGAGACCCUCCUUUGGCACCACUGCCUUGGUCACCCCUCCCUGCCUCGUCUUCGAGGGCCGGCAGCGCGCUGCCCCUCACUCCUCCUCGUUUCCUCCGACAGAGGCUCCUCUGCAGACUCUUCACAUGGACGUGUGGGGCCCAGCCCGCGUCCGUGGACAGAGUCACGAGCGCUACUUCCUCCUGGUCGUUGACGACUACUCGCGUUACACCACAGUCUUCCCCUUGCGCAGCAAGGGUGAGGUUCCUGAGGUGUUGAUCGACUGGAUCCACGGUGCUCGUCGCCAGCUCAGUGAGAGUUUCGGCUCAGACCUUACUGUUCUGCGUCUGCACUCGGACAGAGGAGGGGAGUAUUCCUCCGACCUCCUGCGAGCCUUCUGUCGUUCGGAGGGCAUCCGCCAGACGUUCACGCUUCCGGCCUCCCCGCAGCAAAAUGGGAUUGCUGAGCGCCGCAUUGGCAUGGUCAUGGACGUCGCUCGUACGUCCAUGAUCCAUGCGGCUGCUCCCCAUUUUCUGUGGCCGUUCGCGGUUCAGUACGCUGCGCAUCAGAUCAACCUUCAGCCUCGUGUCUCCUUGCCGGAGACCACACCUACUCUGCGGUGGACGGGGAAGGUUGGCGAUGCGUCCGCGUUCCGUGUCUGGGGAUCUCGAGCUUUUGUCCGCGAUACUACAGCGGACAAGCUGUCCUCCCGUGCCGUUCCCUGUGUCUUCCUUGGCUUCCCUCCUGACGCACCCGGGUGGCAGUUCUACCACCCCACCUCACGUCGUGUUCUGUCCUCUCAGGACGUCACGUUCGACGAGUCGGUGUCGUACUACCGUGUGUCCCAGGUAGACCCUGCCGAGCCGGUCGAGGUAGCUGUCGACUCAGGUGCUGCUAGGGGUGCUGAAUCUGGGGGUGCUGAGUCUGCGGGUGCUGAGACUGGGCGUGCUGAGCCUGGGGGUGUGGCGCCUGAGGGUACUCGGCUUCGUGAGUGUUACUCUCGGCGCUGUCGGGUUGCUGCUGGUGCUGGUGCUGCUGGUGCUGGGGCUGCUGGAGGUGCUGGAGGUGCUACUGGAGCUACUGGAGGUGCUGGCGCUGCUGGAGGUGGUGCUGGUGCAGGAGCUGCUGGAGGUGCUGCUGGUGCUGGAGCUGCUGGAGGUGCUGGAGGUGCUGCUGGAGCUGCUGGAGGUGCUGGAGGUGCUGCUGGAGCUACUGGAGGUGCUGGUGCUGCUGGAGGUGGUGCUCGUGCUGGAGCUGCUGGAGGUGCUGGUGCUGCUGGUGGUGCUGGUGCUGGCGCUGCUGGAGGUGGUGCUGGUGCUGGAGCUGCUGGAGGUGCUGCUGGGACUAGAGACCCUGGGGCUGAGGGUACCGGUUCUGUCUCUGCUGUUUCUGGAGGCGCUGCGCGGCCGCGGCCGUACUUCGUUCCACUCCUUCAGCAGGUUCUUGGCUCCCCGCCUUCUCCGGGUCCUCCUCCUCCUCCCUUCCUGAGUCCACCGCCGGUCCAGUCCCAGUCGCAGUUGCAGCCGGCCUCUCCGCUGCCUGGUCCUUCUCCUUACUCUGGUCCGACUAGAGGUCUUACGGAGCGUCGUGAGCCUGAGUCUCGUCCUGUGUCGCCUGAGUCUCGUCCUGCGUCGCCUGUCCGUACUGUUCGCGCUGGUCGUGUUUCGCGUCCGCGUCUUCCUCCUGUCCCAGGCACUCACUCUAUGACACUGCGUCCUUCUACUGCUCCACAGCGUGUCCCUCUGCCCUCUCCUCCUGCGUCCUCUCUUCCUGACGGUCCGGACCCGGAGUCUGACUCCCUUCGUGCUGCUAGUCCUACUGUCACGCGCUUUCUGGCCACUGCUGUCACUGACCCUCUGUUUGAGUCCUCUGCUGCGUCUGCUCUCGUUGCUGAGCUUGUUGACUUUGCUGCAGCCUGUCGCCUAGACUACGCCGCUAGUCUUGUUGCUGAGUCUGUGUCUGCGUCUGUCUGUCCUCCGUCCGUCGGGGGUGAGUGUGCUCUUGGCACGGACGUCCUUGAGGAGAGACAGGAGGACCUUGAGUGUUUUGCUGCUGCUUCACCUCAUCUCGUGUCCAUGCUGCUUGCCCCUGAGGGAGACCCGGAUGCACUAGACAUCCCGACCCCGCGCUCUUACGCACAGGCGAUAGAGGGUCCCUACUCCUCUCAGUGGCAGGCAGCCAUGGACGCAGAGAUGGCUUCCUGGAAGUCCACAGGCACCUACGUAGACGAGGUUCCCCCACCUGGGGCGAACAUCGUCAGUGGCAUGUGGAUCUUCAGGGUGAAGCGGCCGCCGGGUUCUCCGCCUGCCUUCAAGGCGCGUUACGUUGCACGUGGCUUCAGUCAGCGACAGGGAAUUGACUUCUUUCAGACCUUCUCCCCUACCCCGAAGAUGACCACUCUUCGGGUACUGCUGCACGUUGCUGCUCAGCGUGACUACGAGCUCCACUCGCUUGACUUCAGCACAGCCUUCCUACAGGGCAGCCUGCACGAGGAGAUCUGGCUGCGCCGCCCACCUGGCUUCACUGGGUCGUUUCCUGCUGGUACCCAGUGGAGCCUCCGGCGGCCAGUCUACGGUCUCCGCCAGGCACCCCGUGAGUGGCACGACACGCUCAGGAUGACUCUUGCUGCUCUUGGUUUUGCUCCUUCCACUGCUGACCCUUCUCUGUUUCUACGCACUGACGCUACUCUGCCGCCGUUCUACGUUCUUGUGUACGUAGACGACCUUGUCUUUGCUACUGCUGACACGGAGGCACUCGCCCACGUGAAGUCCGAGCUGCAGAAGAGACACACGUGCACAGACCUGGGUGAGCUCACAAGCUAUCUUGGCUUGCGGAUUACCCGGGACAGAGCACAGCGCACCAUUACCUUGACUCAGUCACACAUGGUGCAGCAGGUCCUUCAGCGCUUCGGCUUCACCUACUCCUCGCCACAGUCCACUCCUCUGCCUACCGGUCACUCGCUCUCAGCUCCACCUUCGGACGAGUCCGUAGAGCCGAGUGGCUCGUAUCCAGAGCUUGUGGGCUGCCUCAUGUACCUGAUGACUUGCACACGACCUGACCUCGCAUACCCUCUCAGCCUUCUGGCUCGCUACGUGGCUCCCGGCAGGCACCGAAAGGUGCACUGGGAUGCUGCGAAGAGGGUGUUGCGAUACUUGUGUAGUACAUCGGGCAUGGGGCUCGUGCUUGGAGGACGGGCUCGAGUUGUCCUCACUGGUCACGCUGACGCCUCCUGGGUUGACGACUUGGCUACCCCAGCGGUCGUCACAGGGUUACACCUUCAGCCUUGGCUCCGGUUCUGUCUCCUGGCGGUCUACCCGCUCUUUUUCUGUUCUCAGCUCCAGUUGUGA